GGCCGUUAACGGUUGAGAAAGAGAAGACGGACAGUUUUUCUUAUCUCCACUUCUUCAUACUCUCCCUGCUUCACUGGACCAAAAGCCAAGCUGCUUCAAGGACAGCUCACAGAGUCCCUGCACUUUGAAUCUUCUUCCAAUGGCAUUCUCUGCCGUCUUCUCGCGCAACCCUUUCUCCGGCAUCCCUCCACCACACCCUCAACCCAUCCCCAGAAACCACCCUCUUCUCCAUUUGCCAUCGAUCAGGGUGUCGACGGCGAAAGCGAAAGCUUCUGCUGCCACGUCUGAACCGGAGAAGGAGAAGCCCGCGGAGGUGAAGGCCGAAGACUCUUCGGGCACGAACACUCAGCCUUCGACCGUGGCUUCUAAACGGCCCAAGAAGCCGGUUUACUCCAUGAAGAAGGGCCAGAUCGUGAGGGUGGAUAAGGAGAAGUACCUCAACAGUAUCAAUUAUCUAUCAGUUGGGCAUCCACCUUAUUAUAAAGGUUUGGACUACAUCUAUGAGAAUCGUGGCGAGGUAUUGGACAUACGGAUCUUCGAGACUGGAGAAUAUGCACUUAUUGCAUGGGUAGGUAUUCCUACUGCACCAGCAUGGCUUCCAACUGACAUGUUAAUCAAGUCGGCAAAACUCGACUAUGAGAGAUUGUGACAUUCCAGGUGCACGAUUGCAGAUCUCUAUACUUGUAAACAUUGAUCAUGUCUUAAUUGAAACCAUGCCAUAUUAAGAGAAUUAUGUCGGUUCUUUCCUUCCUAAUAGUUUGUGUAUUGCAACCAUGGCAAGAUCAGUUUUGACAAUAUCCAAAUGCCAAUUCAAAUUCAACUC